AUGCCAACCUUCAAAGUUUCCCUACUCGACUAUGGAGCCGGUAAUGUGCGAUCGGUUCGAAAUGCAAUCAUGGCGUGUGGUUACGAGAUUGAGGAUAUCACAGAUCCGUCACAAAUUGCAGACGCCAGGGCCAUCAUCUUUCCAGGUGUAGGUUCGUUCGGUUCGGCGAUGAAGGUCCUGAAACGAAGAGGAUACGAUGCUCCAUUGAAGGAAUAUCUCUCCAGAGGUGACAAGCCAUUCCUCGGAAUCUGUCUUGGUAUGCAAACCCUCUUUGAGUCCAGUGAUGAAAAUGAAUCGGGUGAAGCCAUUCCUGGACUUGGUGUGAUCCCAGGAAAGGUUAUCAAGUUCGACGAGACAAAGAUGGUGGUGCCACACAUUGGAUGGAAUGGAAGAAUUCGUCACCAAGAGAGUCCUGCUCUCAAGUACGUUUCGAACGAAGAAGAUGCCUACUUUGUACACUCCUUUUAUGCACCCAUCACCGAUGAGAACAAGGACUGGGUUUUGACGAGAACUACGUAUUCUGGUCAAUCCUUCAUCAGUUCCGUUCAAAAAGGAAAGAUUAUUGCAACUCAAUUCCACCCAGAGAAAAGUGGCAACACUGGACUGAACCUUCUCAAAGGAUUCCUCGAGGCCGUCGAAAACGACAACCUUGACACCGCUGUCAAGGUCGAUGUAGACAUGAACGCCGAAACUCAACUUACAAAGCGUAUUGUUGUAGCACUUGAUGUCCGAACAAAUGAUAAUGGUGACUUGGUCGUGACCAAGGGAGACCAGUAUGACGUUCGAGAAAACGAAAAAGAAGGAGUCACAUCUGGCCGUGGCGGAGUUCGAAAUUUGGGAAAACCAGUGUCUCUUGCUGGAAGAUACUACGAAGAAGGUGCUGACGAGAUUGCUUUUCUGAAUAUCACAAGUUUCCGACAAGGUGUCGUGGACGAUAUGCCCAUGCUUCAAGUCUUGGAGGAAGCAUCCAAGAGUAUCUUUGUGCCAUUAACAGUUGGUGGAGGAAUUCGUGAAUACACCGACCCAGAGUCCGGAGAAACUUGGUCCGCUUUGGAGGUUGCCGCACGAUACUUUAGAGCUGGUGCCGAUAAGGUUAGUCUUGGGAGUGAUGCCGUCUAUGCGGCUGAAAAGUUCAUUGCAAGCUACAGAGAAAAAACAAUGGAAACCUCCAUUGAGGAGAUCUCGCUUGUUUAUGGAGUCCAGGCUGUUGUCGUAUCCAUUGACCCAAAGAGAGUCUAUGUCGCAAACAAAGUGAGUGUUGAUGAGAAGCACGUCGUUGUGGAUCUUGAUGAAGACAAUGCUGGGCCCAAUGGUGAGAGAUAUUGCUGGUACCAGUGCACUGUGAAGGGCGGGCGGGAAGCUCGAGACAUUUGUGCAGUAACUGUUGCCCGAGCGUCGCAGGACCUCGGUGCCGGUGAAAUUAUGCUCAACUGCAUCGAUAUGGAUGGACAAGGCAAUGGAUUUGAUUUGCCAUUGAUGAGAGCUGUAUCAGCAGCAGUAACUAUUCCCGUUAUUGCGAGCAGUGGGGCUGGAAACGAGGCUCAUUUUGUUGAAGUAUUUAGCAAAACGAAUGUUCAAGCAGCGUUGGCAGCAGGAAUGUUCCAUCGUAAGGAGGUCGAAAUUCAGGCUUGCAAAUCGGCAAUGCGAGACAACAGUAUCCCAGCGAGAAGAUAA